UUGUCAGCGUCCUCUAGUUUAAUUAGGUUUUUCCUAAAGAGAGGGCGAAACUCUCCCAGACACCAAAAAAAAAAGAUGGAGGAACCGAGCCUCAGUGAGUUGCCAGAUGAUUUGAUCUUGAAGAUAUUCUCAUUGCUUCCGUUUUUCAAAGAGAGCGUUGCAACAAAUCUCUUAGAAAAACGUUGCGAGGAUCUCAUGUUUGAUGAUGAUGAUAAAUCACACGAGAGUUUAGUGAAAUUCACGAGUUUUGCUUACGGAUCUUUGUCGUUCAACAAGUCUCAAAUUGUAGACAUCAAGCUUAGCCGGAACUACUCAGCUUCAGACAUCAGCUUUUUGCUUAAACUUGCGGUUAAGCGGUCAGUGAGAAGGCUAAGGAUCCGGACGUUUGGAAAAACCCUAGAACUGCCGAGAUGCUUGAGUAUUUGCGUGACCCUAAAGUCAUUGGUACUCUAUGAAGUAAGGAUCAAGGUUGUUCCUCCUUGCUUUCGUUUGCCAUCACUCAAGAAUCUGCACCUUUUAUCGGUCAAGUUCUCAGUCCACGAGUCUCUUGAAAGGUUUCUAAAAUCGUGCCAUGAUAUUGAACACUUGGUUAUACAUAACGUGUUGUUCAAGACUGUUCUGCCUUGCCGUCUUUUGCCGUCACUCAAAAGCAUGCGCCUUAUUUCGACUAAUUUCUGGGAAAACGAAUCUGCUGCAAGUCUUUUGAGAAUCUGUCCUGUUCUUAAAGAUUUGGUUGUGGACCAGACCAAAGUAUUCAGUAGUAACGUGUGUGCUUCUAUCACUUGCAGUGCCCUAAAAACAUUGAUACUCGGUGGACUAACUAUCAACGCUGUUCCACCAUCGUUUUCCAUGCCAUCACUCAAAGCUAUGCAACUUUUGUCUGUUAAGUUCUCUGGAGGCGAAUCAGUUUUAAGUCUUUUACAAAAAUGCCCUGUUCUUGAGGAUUUGGUUGUUAACCAAACACAAGUAUUCGAUAGUAAUGAGUGUACUAUGAGUAGUUGCAGAACAUUAAAAAAGUUGACGCUCAGUGAACUAAGUAUCAAGGCGGUUCCGCCUUGGUUUCGCUUGCCAUCGCUCAAAACUCUGCACCUUUUAUCGGUCAAGUUCUCGGGUGAAGAAUCCAUUGCAAGUUUCUUACCGGUUUGCCCUGUUCUCGAAUGUUUGGUUGUGGACCGAACCAAAGACGACAGUGUGAUGUUCGAGGACGUUCCGGUUUGGUUUUGUUUGCCAUCACUCAAGAGUCUGCACCUUUUAUCUGUUAAAUUCUCGGACGAAGAAUCUUUUUCCAAGCUUAUAGAAAGAUGCCCGGUUCUCGAAGAUUUGGUUAUAAACAACACCUUGGAUGACAAUGUGAUGAUAUUCAACAUCGAUACACCUUCUUUGAGGAGCUUAUCUAUCGUUAACUCUAUAAGAAAAAAUCCCCACGUUAUGGAAAAGCAUGGGUUUGUGAUAAAUGCUCCUUCUUUGGAGAAAAUAAACUUUAAAGAUACAUUCAGUAACCUUCUAGUGUUUGAGCAUAUGCCAGCGGUGACCGAGGCUAAUAUCCAGGUUAUUUGUGGCCAGUCUAAAAAGUUCAUAGGAUCUUUUACCUCAAUCCGUCAACUAUCUGUAUGUUCUCUAUCUUCAGAGACUCCAUAUCCUAGUGGCACUAUCUUCCCUUAUCUUGAACAUCUAGAGCUAUGUACAUGUUCUGCGGGAUGGGCCAAUCUACUUGUUUGUAUACUUAAAGACGCUCCAACACUCAGAUAUCUCAAGCUUAAGUCGCAACAUGGUGCCGAUUACAAUGAUCCGAUGAAUUACUGGAACAAACCAACAGCUGUUCCAGAAUGUUUAUCAACGCAUCUCGAGAUCAUGGAAUGGAGACAAUAUGAAGGCACAGAGGAAGUGAUGAACGUGGCUGCUUACAUACUAGCAAACGCAAGAUGUUUAAAGACGGCUACGUUCUCAACAAGAUGUGGAGACAAACAUCACAGCAUGCUCAGAGAGUUAAGGAGUCUGAAGAGAGGUUCAGAUACAUGUCAAUUAUUGUUUGACUAAACUUUUAUGUGAUGUGGAGUGGUGUGUUUCUUCUAGAAGACACAUAUGAUUCUUUAGGUUUCUUCUGUCCUUGUCUCUGACUUUAUUUUAGUUU